AUAAUAUUAUACAAGCUGUAGUCUGUUGUUCGUGAUCAUGCUCAUACCUACUGAUCCAAACAAUUUUGGACAUGCGUAUUGACUAUAUAUUAACUUAAGUAAUAAGAACAACUACUAACCAAUGCGUGUACAACUAAAAUGAGUGUAAAUGUGUAUUUUGUCAUGUUACACAAAACCUCAUCACUCGAAAAUUCAAGACCAGUCGUUUAGUGUUUAUAUUUAACACAGUAUGUAACGGCAAUUGGUAGGUAGGAAGUUACUGUUGUUCUUAUAAACGACAAUGAUGUUGACCACACCAACAAAUGUCGCGUCGAAAAAAACGCAAUGCAUAGCACUUCUCGUACCCGUCUUUUUACCAGCAAUUCACAUACUGAUUCUGGAUAAAUUCUGGAGCGACUUCAAUGUGAACGUCAACAAGGAACACUGCACUUGUUCCUGUUGGGACACUGUGUUCAAAGGUCCUUACGAAGCAGGUGUUGCUAGAUAUAAACACAUGUACUUCAAUGCUACAGAUAAUACAUUUAAAAUCUGGGCGAUUACGGCGGUUUGUACUAUUGUGUUAUAUGAAUGUGUAAAAAAUGUUGUCAGGCUAUGCCUCGACAAGCAGAUACGCUACAACAUGAUGUUGUUAUUUACUUUGUCGAUGUUCUCUCACUAUUACUCGUGGUGGUCGUUUGUCAACUAUUGGAACGACGAUUUUUAUUCACAAUGGAAUCAUCAGAUAUUCUUCACUAUUACUGAACUCUAUUCUACAGGCAUUUUGUAUACAAUAUGUGAUCGCAGAAAAGAAAUAAAGAAAUUUCAUUUGUUUUCUAUCAUAACUGUGGGCUUAACACAUAUGUUGGCUGCUGGCUUUGAUCAGUUUGUUAUUAAUGUAAUAGGAGGAAGUGGAUUUGCACAUCAAGUAAUAAGAGAUGUCUUUUUGAUGAUACCAGAUAUAUUAAACAUCAUUAUACCAUUAUUUGAAAUAAAAAAACGAAGAUCUGCAAUCAAAAAUCGUUAUGCUGAUGAUCCAAGCAGUUUCAAAGAAAUAUUGUUACUAGUAAUAAUAGUAACUUCUGGGUUGAUAAUUGUUUCAUUUCUUUAAUAGGCAUUUAUUUUUUUUAACUAAUAAAACCUAUGUAUAUAUUUAUAUUUUUAUGAAUUGCUUAAAUACAAUACAAUUUGGUAACAUUUGAAA